AUGGCGGCGACCACGGAGCACGAUACCGCUGCCGGUUCUUCUGAUCCGCAGGAGAUCGAGGUUCCUGAGUCGAAGACGUUUAAAGACUUAGGCGUGACAGAUGUUUUGUGCGAUGCCUGUGACCAGUUGGGAUGGAAGACACCAACCAAAAUCCAGAUUGAAGCUAUUCCCAUGGCGCUAGAUGGACGUGAUAUCAUUGGUCUGGCAGAAACAGGCUCUGGAAAAACAGGGGCCUUUGCUCUGCCCAUUUUGAAUGCUUUGCUAGAUACCCCACAACGUUUUUUUGCACUAGUUCUCACCCCGACUCGGGAACUGGCCUUCCAGAUCUCAGAGCAGUUUGAAGCCUUGGGGUCUUCCAUUGGAGUUGAAUGUGCUGUAAUUGUUGGUGGAAUUGAUAGCAUGUCUCAGUCUCUGGCCUUGGCAAAAAAACCACAUGUGAUAAUAGCAACACCUGGCCGAUUGAUUGACCACUUGGAAAACACAAAAGGUUUCAACUUGCGAGCCCUCAAGUAUUUGGUCAUGGAUGAAGCGGACCGAAUAUUAAAUAUGGACUUUGAGACAGAGGUUGACAAGAUCCUGAAAGUAAUUCCCCGAGAUCGUAAAACAUUUCUUUUCUCUGCUACCAUGACCAAGAAGGUGCAAAAACUUCAGCGAGCAGCUCUGAAGAAUCCUGUGAAAUGUGCUGUAUCUUCCAAAUACCAGACCGUUGAGAAACUACAACAAUAUUACCUCUUUAUUCCCUCCAAAUUUAAGGAUAGCUACCUGGUGUAUAUUCUGAAUGAAUUAGCAGGAAAUUCCUUCAUGGUAUUCUGUAGCACUUGUAAUAACACUCAGAGAACAGCCUUGCUACUUCGAAAUCUUGGAUUCACUGCUAUCCCUCUCCAUGGACAGAUGAGUCAGAAUAAACGCCUGGGUUCUCUUAAUAAAUUCAAGGCAAAAGCGAGAUCCAUUCUGCUUGCCACUGAUGUUGCAAGUCGAGGUUUGGACAUUCCCCAUGUGGAUGUUGUGGUUAACUUUGACAUUCCUACUCAUUCCAAGGAUUAUAUCCAUCGAGUGGGUCGGACAGCUCGAGCUGGGCGCUCUGGCAAGUCUAUCACCUUUGUCACACAGUAUGAUGUGGAACUCUACCAGCGUAUAGAACAUCUCAUUGGGAAGAAACUUCCUGCCUUCCCAACACAGGAAGAAGAGGUCAUGUUGUUGACAGAGCGUGUGGCAGAAGCCCAGAGAUUUGCCCGCAUGGAGAUGAGAGAGCAAGGAGAGAAAAGGAAACGUUUCAGAGAAGACAAAGAUGAUGAUGAUACAGAAAAUGCUACAGGUGUAAGGAACAAAGUCACUGGAGGAAAAAUGAAGAAAAGGAAAGGUCAAAAGCCGCAUUGAUGAAGACUCGUUUUUGAUACAUUUUUGAUUAAAGAGGACUUAAUCAAGGAAUAAAAUUCCACUAACAGUACUCUUCAUUCUGAAACCUUUCAAGCCUGAACCAAGACUGAUGGUUUAUUUUUAUGAACCUGCUAAUGGUUUAUUACAAAAUAUUUUUUUUUCUCAAAAUUGCUAAUUCCUAUUUAAUGUCCCUACUCUUGAGACAUGAGUAGGAUAUACUUGAUAGACAAUUAAAGUUGUUUUUUCUUAGAAUUUUGAUACAAAGGCUAAACUGAGGAAAUACAAGUUUUUAUCAUUGGCAGACAUUUUCUUUAAGCUUUUGUGAGCUUGCUUCUCUGUUUAUAAUGAAAAGAAUUAGAAAGUUUCCUCACCUUUUUAAAGGAUGAAAGCAUAUCAUAACUCUAAUCUGCUUUAAUGUUGAUAUUUCAAGAAUAAAUCUGAAUAUUUUU